AUGCAUGAAAUAAUCACUCUGCAGCUUGGUCAACGGAGCAAUUACGUUGCCACGCAUUUCUGGAACACUCAAGAAUCAUAUUUUACCUAUUCAGCGGAUCAAGAAUCUCUAGUUGACCAUGACAUUCAUUUUCGACCCGGUAUCGGAGCAGAUGGCAGCGAAACGUUCACUCCAAGAACUCUCAUCUAUGAUCUCAAGGGUGGCUUUGGGACUUUGAAGAAGAUCAAUGCAUUGUACGAGAUAGAUGAGCCUGCUGUAUCUCAUGGACUAUGGAAUGGACCAGCAGUCGUUCAACGACAGGAAGUCAUCCAGCAAAAUGCUUACCAGCAAAGUCUUGAGGAGGGACUUGAGCCUCCACCACUCACCACUGAGUCCGUUAGAUACUGGUCAGAUUUCAACCGGGUCUACUUCCAUCCCAGAUCUAUUGUCCAACUGAACGAAUAUGAGCUGAACUCAUCGCUCAUGCCAUUCGAGAAUUGGUCGCUGGGAGAAGAGCUUUUCAACUCAUUAGACAAGGAGCAUGACCUUCUGGAUCGUGAUCUGAGGUCUUUUGCCGAGGAAGCUGAUCACAUGCAAGGGAUUCAAGUAAUCUCUGGUGUUGAUGAUGCUUGGGGAGGCUUUGCUGCCAGAUAUAUGGAUCGGAUCAGAGAUGAAUAUGGAAAGACAGCAGUUUGUGUUUGGGGCGUCGAAGACAGCAUCAAAUCUAUCCCACGGGAAAAACGCUUUACCCGGCUUUCGAACACUGCGAGAUCAAUCUCGGAGAUUGCUCCACAGGCAUCACUGUUCAUCCCAAUUACGGUUCCGACGGCCAGAGUACCUUCUUACGUUUCAAUGGACACCCGUUCCCAAUGGCAUGUAUCGGCGCUUCUCGCAACCGCCUUGGAAUCUAUGACGUUGCCAUCGAGAUUGAAGGCUCAGGGUCGAAGUCGUGAGACGAUAGAUCAGCUUAUCAAUGCGCUCAACGUCAACGGAAAUCAAAAUAUAGCUAAACUGCGAAUGAGCACAGACCAGAAGGAAGCGCUGAAUGGGAAUUCUCGACCCGGGAGAUUAGAUGUGCCUACACAGGAUAGAGACACGAGGAUGCCUUCUCAGGAUAGACACUCCGAAGAAGUUCACGAAGACAAAGAGGAUGAAGUAAGCACUUUUGAUAUGGACUUCUUCCCUCCAGAGAGCCUCGAGCAAAACCGAGGACGGCGCAACAUCAAAAAGCCCCACGUGUUCGGACAAGCUGAGAGCCACCGAGUUCCUGAGGAUGACACUACGAAUGAGACCACCGAACAAGAUGAGGGGUUUGAACGGGCGCGGCGACGAGCAGCCGGUCUACCAAUCAUCCAAAAGUCGAGAACACCCCUGCCAUUCCCCUUACUUGACAGCUUUCCCCACAUCUUCGCCCGCACUAGCUCAGGCUCGUCGCUUGGAGUGAAAACUUCUCUGUCGACUGACACGACAGUUGCCGCGAGAAUUAAAGAAUUGCAGAACAUCGUGAAUAGAGCUAUUAGUGUAGAUGAGCGUGAAGCUCUCAGUAAUUCUCUUGGUGAGAUUGCCGAGGCAUACGAAGAAGGAUGGGAUAGUGGAUCGGAUGAAGAUGAUGACUGA